AUGAAGAGAUCCAAGCCGGUGAUGAAGAGGAGGGUGGUCAUUCCGAACUGGAUUUACAGUGAGGAGUUCCAGGUCCUGGCAAGGACAUACUUAGGGAAUAAAAUCAGGACAAAUAAGUAUACAUUUCUCUCCUUUAUUCCCAAGAACCUGUUCGAGCAACUUCAUCGUUUUGCCAAUGUUUAUUUUGUUUUUCUGGCUUUGCUUAAUUUUGUCCCUAUUGUGAACGCGUUCCAGCCAGAGAUUGGAAUUAUACCCAUUGUAACGGUAAUGGCUUUUACUGCAAUAAAAGAUUUGUGGGAAGAUCAGAGACGAAGAAAAUCUGACCGGCAAGUCAACUUGCGGCUGUGUGACUUAUAUGACAGUAAGCAGCGUCGCUAUGUGGAACACCGCUGGGCCGAGGUCUGUGUGGGUGAUGUGGUGCGUUUGUGCUGCAACGAGAUCAUUCCUGCUGACAUGGUGCUGCUACACUCAUCCGACCCCAACGGAGUGUGUCACAUCGAGACCGCCAACCUGGACGGUGAAACCAACCUCAAACAGAGACAGGUGGUCCGAGACCUGCCCCGAAAAGGAUCAGAAUUUACUCCGGAGAACUUUAGUAGUCGUAUUGUGUGUGAAAAUCCUAAUAAUGAUCUGAGACGAUUUAGAGGCUACAUGGAGCACCCCAAUAAAGUACGGGUUGGAUUACAUAGUGAAAACUUACUGUUGAGGAGCUGUAUAGUGAGGAACACAGAGACUGUCUUUGGCAUUGUAGUCUAUGCAGGUCAUGAGACAAAAGCAAUGCAGAAUAACAGUGGUCCUCGCUACAAGCGCAGUAAACUGGAGUGCCGGCUAAACGUGGACGUCCUGUGGAGUGUAGUCUUACUGCUGCUCAUGUGCUUUACUUCUGCUAUAGGCCAUGGUGUGUGGCUAGGCAGUAUGAAUAAUCCUGUCUUCAUUAUCCCGGAUGAUACCCAUCCAGCUCUGGCUGGCUUCUUCAUGUUCUGGACUAUGAUCAUAGUUCUGCAGGUGCUCAUUCCCAUCUCUCUCUAUGUGUCUGUAGAAAUAGUAAAGUUGGGCCAAAUCUAUUUUAUUCAGAAUGAUCUGGAUCUCUAUGAUGCCAGGCUGGAUACUGGCGUGCAGUGCAGGGCACUGAAUAUUACAGAGGAUCUGGGACAGAUCCAGUACCUGUUCUCCGAUAAGACAGGAACCCUGACUGAAAACCGCAUGCUGUUCCGGCGCUGCACUAUUGCUGGCACGGAGUACUCUCAUGCUGACCAUGCACUUGCUAUGGAGCAGUUUGAGGAGCGGGACUCUGGGCGGCUCGAUCAUACACUCACUUUGAAUUCUCGCUCCAGCAAGAGGUCUCUGAGCUGCAAUCGUAGCUCUCUUUCCAUUAAUACUCCUGCUGCUGCUGCUGCUGCUGCUGCUGCUUCUGACACAUACUCGCCACACAGCACACUUCAGAGACACCUAUCUGGUGCUUUCAGCAGUGCCAUGGUGUGUGCAGUGGUUCCAGAUGUGAUGCUGCGUGAAAAGCUACAAGCACUCUCUUCUCCUCGUGACUCUUCUCUCAGACACGAUGCUGCUGAACUUUCGCAUAUUCUGGACUUUUUCUUUGCCCUGGCCGUCUGUAACACUGUGGUAGUGUCCUCCCCCAGCCAGCCUCGUCACAUGGUAAAAAUGCCAGUGGCUCGCAAUCCUCUGCGCACUCUGGAAGAGAUGAAGGCCCUUCUGCAGAAACUGAGUCGCCCACGCUUCUCGAUGUCCCCUGUUCAGGAUGGUGACAACCCGCCGAGCCUCACCCGAAAAAUAUUUUCUCUCAGACGCUCAGCCGACUGCGAGCCCCCUUCCACCCCACCGUCAUAUACACCCCACCUUACUCUAACUCCCAGCCCUUCACCUACUCCACAGCAGCAGGUUCACAAAGAGCUGCUCAACGAAGAGGGUAAUGAAGAUCAUGAAGAUAACAAAGAAGAGGAGGAGCAGUUGCUAUACGAGGCAGAGAGUCCGGAUGAGGCAGCGCUGGUGCAGGCCGCCAAGGCAUAUGGAUGCACUCUGCUGGGCAGGUCCCCAGAGCAGCUGCUAGUGUCGCUGCCAGGUACUGGGCCUAUAUCAGUACCUCUGCUUCACCUGCUGCCCUUCAAUUCCACCCGCAAGAGGAUGUCUGUAGUGGUGCACCAUCCCCUUACUGGCCAGGUGGUGGUCUACACCAAAGGAGCUGAUAAUGUCAUCAUGGAACUGGCUGCGAUAGCUGAUGGUGAUUGUUCCAAAGAGGUUAUAGAGCGGACACAGCAACACCUAGACAACUAUGCCAGAGAGGGCCUGCGUACACUCUGUGUUGCAAAAAGGGUCCUGUCAGAGGCAGAGUACAAGGCCUGGCUAGACAAGCAUACUUUCGCAGAAACCAGUAUUGAAAACAGGGAGGAACUACUUCUAGAUUCCGCACAGACACUGGAAACUAACCUUACAUUAUUAGGGGCAACAGGCAUAGUCGACCGAUUGCAAGAAGAGGUUCCAGAGACUAUUGAAGCUUUACAAAAGGCCGGGAUUAAAGUUUGGGUGCUUACAGGGGAUAAACAGGAGACAGCAAUUAACAUUGCCUGUGCCUGUAAACUUCUGCGACCCACUGACCGUUUACUUACUGCAACCUGUGAUAGCAAGGAAGCCUGUGAACUUCGGUUUUUGGAACUUCAGGAGGAAAUCAGAGUUGCUUCAGAGGCUGGUUUCUUUGACUGUGGUGUAUCUCCGGAUGAUACUGAUGCACCUGGAUUUACUCUGGUGGUUGAUGGUCGCACGUUGGACUUCGCCCUGCAGAAGGAGUUAGAGAAAGUAUUCCUGAAUGUGACUGGCAACUGUCGAUCGGUCAUAUGCUGCAGAUCCACUCCCCUGCAGAAGAGUCAAGUGGUUCGGUUAGUUGGUGACUCACUUGGUGUCAUGACCCUCGCUAUAGGUGAUGGGGCAAAUGAUGUCAGUAUGAUUCAGGUGGCAAAUGUGGGUGUCGGCAUCUCAGGCCAAGAAGGCAUGCAAGCUGUCAUGUCCAGUGAUUUUGCCAUCUCCAGAUUUAAACACUUGAGAAAGCUGCUGCUGGUUCAUGGUCAUUGGUGCUACACACGACUGGCUAACAUGAUUCUUUACUUUUUCUAUAAGAAUGUUAUGUAUGUGAACCUGCUGUUCUGGUUCCAGUUCUUCUGUGGUUUCUCUGGCAGCACUAUGACCAACUCAUGGGUGCUGAUCUUCUUUAAUCUACUGUUUACAUCGACUCCACCGCUGCUGUACGGAGUGCUGGAUAAAAACAUGCCUGCCAACAAGCUGUUGUUCAAGCCUCAGCUCUACAAAGUUGGACAGAAUUCACAGGCCUACCUUCCCUCCACCUUCUGGCUGACCUUGCUAGAUGCUUUUUACCAGAGCCUGGUCUGCUUCUUCAUUCCAUACUUGGCAUAUGCAGGCUCCGAUGUUGAUCUGUUCUCAUUUGGAUCUCCUAUCAAUAGCUCAGCUCUCCUGAUCAUACUCUUGCAUCAGGUCAUAGAGAGCCACACACUGACAUGGAUACAUGCGCUGGUGCUUUUAGGCAGUGGAAUCUUCUACUAUGCCUUUGUUAUUGUGUUCAGCAUUGUGUGUGUGACAUGUAACUCUCCCACAAACCCACUUGGUGUUGAGACCAAGGCAAUGUCCCACGCGCUUUUCUACCUGGUGUGUGGACUAACUACUGUGCUUGCACUGGUGCCCAGGGUGUUAUGCUGUGCCCUUUCCCAGUCCUUCUGUCCAUCUGGCUUGAUGGCAGCACGAAAACUGGACAGAUUCUCUAUAGGCCAGUAUUGUACUUACUGUAAAAAAAGAAAGGACAAAUCUCCCAGGCAAAACGUAAACUCCAAACACAAACCCCAGAACCUGAAUGUUAAUGCUGACAUAUUUCACUGUGAAAACUGCAGCUCAGAAGCAGGUGCUGUCCUGUCCUGAUCCAGAUGAGCAAAGAAUGUCUUUAAUGCUGUGUUUACCUGAAAGAUUGGCUAAACCAGUCACAUUUCAAAUCAGACUUUAAACAAAUGUGUGACAGUGUUUAGUUUUGAGACAUGACUUACUAAACCCUGACCAGCACAAGCGAUACUGCCACGACUUUCCUCAGAAAUCAUGUUAUCAGAUCAUGGGCUGCAAGUUGGUGUUGCAUGUGAUAUAUCAGAGCCAAGGAUUAAAGUACAUUCUGGAGACACAUUUCAUUAACUUAUUAAUAAUCAGUGGUUUAUUUUACUUUUAGUGUUUUGUUCUUGUUUUAGCCUUUUAUGUGCUACAGAUGUUUUGCUGAAUCCACGUUUUAUAGCAGCAAGGAGGUGAGCUUGGUGUUACAGAAGCAGUUCUUCUUGAAUUUUACCUUAUUUCUUCUUGAAACCCUUAUUUAUCAAAGCUACUUGAAACAAGUACAAUACAUCAUAUAAAACAUUAAGAGCUCUUUUGCAUUCUUCUGCCUUCUGCGUUAUCAGUAUUGCAGCAACCAAAAUUGUGGUAGCAACUUACUAUUAUGCUUUGCUGCCCCUAAGGCUAAAAUAUGCAGUUUAUUGAAUUGUUUACAUGUUUUCCCAUAGUUAUGUUUCUCAUACCUCCUAAAAGCCUAAUUUUACUCUGUGAAUUUGAUCUGUUAUAAAGGAAUGUAAGAUGUUUUUAGAAAUACCGUGCUUUGUAUGUAAAGACUGAACCGUGAAUAAAAGAUACUAUUAUUUAUAUGGCUGGACCACAAAACCGACUUUUGCUUGUUUGAUGCAGUCAGAGUGCCUUUGUACAAACAUAACCUAAUGUAAAAUUAUGUAACUAAUAUUGUGUUUUGUGUGUAAGCUUAUUUUUCAUAAGAUACAAACAAAAACAUGUAAAGCGCUGUUGUGUUUAUAACUUUUUUAAACUGUUUUGUAUAUAAUAAAAAAU